AUGAUUUUUUUCUGCUUUCUUUUUCCUAAUUCUAAAAACGGGUAUUCCGCUUGCAAAAGAAAAGGCGUGGCUCGGAUCGGUUCUGUUUCGGAAAUUAACUUUGGCGUUCUACGCCCGGAAGCGACCAAAGCGGCCAAUCACGUCCGAAGACGGGGCCGCACGGUCUCCCGCGAGGUCGUUUUUUGGAACUGUAAAAGGCCCAACAUUGGGCCCAGGCCCUCAUCACGCCUGAUCCGGAAACCGCGUUACUUCUUUGGGACAAAUUCACUGGGAAGAAAGCAGGUCCAGAUCCGCGUAGCAUGA